UGUAACCUCUCCUGAUAUGUAAUAAUCGCAUUCACGUAUAAAUAUCAGAUUUUUAUUAUUAAGGCUCCGUAAUUUGGAAUGAUGACGCUCCGUUUGUUCGACAACGAGGAUUAUUCCACACUGGAUGCUAUUCCAAAUGUGUGCAUGGAGAAUGGUGAAAUGGAGAGUUAUGAUUAUCUGAGAGAAUGCAUCAGCAAUCUAGAAAAUAAGAACUCUGAAGUCGGUCUAGCAGCUAAUUCUACAGGUGUUACAGACAUUAGUUUACAAGGAGAUGGUUUAGAUGAUGUUAAUUUAAAUAGUAUUGAUUUUAAUUUUAUGAAAAUCGAAAGCUUAUUUCUACAAAAUACCUUGGACUCUACAAAUUGUAUAAAGAAUGAAGAAGAAAAGACAAAACAAAAUAGCUCUAUAGAUGUUGAUAUUUCACACUCGAUUCAACAUUUCAAUACAAUGAGUCUGAACUUUUCAAAUUUUUCAAACAGCAAAGAUUCAGAUAAUAUAACGAUUGUUCAUAAUAAUGAUUCCUAUACAUUCAACAAAGAUCAAUGUUUAGAAAAUAAGAACACAGAGAACUACAAUUGUUCUGUCAAACUUUAUACAGAAAAUAUAGAUACAGAUUCUAAUGUCACUAAUAUAAAUCAAAGUAUUAUAUCUGAAUUGAAACGUGAAGUAAAAGUUAAUAAUCUGGAAUUAUUAGAUGGAGAUGAACAGUUUCAAAAGUGUGAGCAAUGUCUAAUGACGUUCAGAUAUAAAAGACAUUUGGAUCGUCAUUUGGAAGGUCAUCAGAAAAAUAACUGUCCUCACUGUAAUGAAAAAUUCGCUAGACGAAAGCAUUUAGAUGUCCAUUUGUUUCGCGCACAUGGAGAAAAGGUAGUUAGACAUCCUCAUUUAUGCGACGUAUGUCCGAAAAGUUUUCCCAAACGCGCCCUUUUGAACCGUCAUAGAGCGAAGCACACCUAUCAGAACGGCAAGGUAUGUUCGGAUUGCGGAGAUAUGAUAAACAUGGAUAUAGAUGAAAAAGAACACAAGGAGAUUCAUUGUAAAAAAAGGCAAUUCAAGUGCCAGCAAUGUUCGCAAACGUUCAGUAUCAAGCAGACAUAUAUAUCUCAUAUUCAGAAUCACGAUAACUAUAAGUGUCCACAUUGUGAUAUUACUUUUGCAUCGAAGAAGAAGGUGCACGAGCACUUUAAAGCGGUUCAUAUCCCAAAAUUAAACGAGGAAGAAUCGGCAAAUGGUCCACAUUUUUGCGCUGAUUGUAGACACUCAUUUGUAAAGAAAGAUGACUAUUUUCGACACUUGGAAUCCGCGUUACAUCUCAAUAAAGUUAACAAGGAUAUACCUGUAAGAGCUAUAUUCUCCUGUGCAAUCUGUUCAAAAAAAUUAAUUACGCAAAGAGCUCUGGAUCAACAUGUCAGACGUAUUCACAAGGGCGCAAAGCGAUUCGUCUGUAAUAUAUAUGGGUGUACGUUUCAGUGUGCCAGAAGGACAGAUCUAGAUAGGCACAAACAUCUGCAUGUAGAAGAGCGAAAUAUCGUAUGCGAGCAUUGUGGCAAAACGUUUACCAGUGUCAGCAUCCUCAAGGAUCACGUACUUUAUAUUCAUAGUAAGGAACGACAAUUUAUCUGCGAAGAAUGUGGCAAAGCUUUUAAGAGAAACAGUUUAUUAAAGAGACACAAAUUGUCGCACGAGCAACAUCGGCCGUUUGCUUGUAUGCAAUGUAACACCGCAUUCAAACGUUCGCACCAUCUCACUCGUCACAUGGAAACUUGUCAUAGAAUCACACUGGAAAAAAAGAAAAAGGUGGUAAAACUCAUGAAAACAAAGGAUGGCCAUCUUGUGCCAGUGCCAGAUAAACCAAAUAGAUCAGAAACUGAUAAAAUAAAAGCCGAAAAGGGAUGUGAAUCAAUUGCAAAAAAUAAAGAAAAAGAUUAUUCCGUUAUAAAUGUAAAGAAAGAGGCUGCAAAUGUUAAUUCCCAAUUGGAAAUACAACCAUCAUUAAAUCCUGAAGAAAACUCCGAAUGCCGAAACUUAUCGUUAGAAUCUACAAAUUUAUCUAUCGUCGAGUCUAUUCCUCAAGUUUUCUCAUUAGUAGAUGUAAACACGGGACAAGUGCUUACUGUAGAAAUUACCAAUAAUUCGGAAUUGUUACCUACUAAUGAACUUGUUAAUCAACUUGGAACAAAUUGUAAUGAAAUAUUGAAUUUACCGGAUUAUCCAGAUACAGAAUUUCAAAAUAGUCUUCUAAAUAUCGAUCAAAUGUGUUAUGACAAUACAAAUUACUCAGAAAUAUCAUUGGAAAAUAUUGAAGGUUCGUUCCCGCUUGUAAGUAAUAAUAGUAAGAUGGAAAUGAUUGAAAGCUAUUUAACUCAUGAGUUUCCAGCAUUCCUUAAUAUUUGA